GGUUCCAAGAAUAGAAUUGGGGGAAGGAAGGAACACCGACUUUCCCUUCUGCCUUCGUCCAUUCUUUUUGCCCCGAAGAAGUCGCGCCGUCUCAUGGCCUUCUCUUACCAUCUUCCCCUUCCUCCUCGAUCAAUUUAUCUUUCGAGUUCCCCGGCCACGACCCUUGUGCUCCUCGAGCCGCCAUUCAUCUCGCCGGUUCCCAUCCUUGAAAGGAUUCGCCCCAUUCCGAGGAGGCGCCAGGACAGGAGGAGUUGGCUGAUGUCGAUUCCUCUGAGUCCUUGAAAAGCGGUGCUGCAGCCGGAGCCAUGAAGUGCUUUUCCUGCGUCAGUUCGCGUCAUCUUCGGGAGGCUCGGGAACGGCCCAUCGAGCAUCCCUCGUCCGAUUCCGAAGAAUUGGAGGGAGCGGAGGCAAUUUCUACCGAUGCGGCGACGAACUCGGCCAAGAGGUUUACCCUCCGGCAGCUCACCGCCGCCACCCGGAACUUCAAGAUGGCUAAUCUGAUAGGAGAAGGGGGUUUCGGAUGCGUCUUCAAAGGGACGUUAGAAUCUGGCCAGGUUGUUGCGAUUAAGCAGCUCAACAAGGAUGGGACGCAGGGUAGCCAAGAGUUCCUCGUGGAGUGCUUGAUGUUGACGAUGCUGCACCAUCCCAAUCUCGUCAGCUUGAUUGGGUACUGCGCAGAAGAAGAGGAGAAGCUGUUGAUUUACGAGUACAUGCCACAGGGGAGCUUGGAACAACACUUAUUUGAUUUGCCACCUAAUAAAGAACCUCUUGAUUGGAAUACCAGAGUAAAAAUUGCUGUAGGGGCAGCAAAAGGGCUUACAUAUUUGCACAAUGUGGUUAACCCUCCUGUCAUUUACCGUGACUUGAAAUCAGCAAACAUACUUUUGGACGAUGAAUUCAACCCCAAGCUCUCUGACUUUGGACUAGCAAAGCUUGGGCCUGUCGGCGACAAUACUCACGUCUCAACAAGGGUCAUGGGCACGUUCGGUUAUUGCGCCCCAGAUUACGCAAUGAGCGGCAAAUUAACCGUUAAGUCUGAUGUUUAUAGUUUCGGUGUGGUUCUUUUGGAGCUAAUGACGGGAAGGAUGGCUUUUGACUGCACUAAGAGAUCAGGGGAACAGAAUUUGAUUCAAUGGUCACGUCCUUUCAUCAAGGACAAGAGGAAGUUCAUCCAAUUGGCAGAUCCCUUGCUCCAUGGGCACUACCCUCUCCGACCCUUCUACCAGCUCGCCGUAAUCACUAACAUGUGCCUCCACGAUCAGCCCCACAUUCGACCUUCGAUGCAAGAGGUAUCAAUCGCCCUUCAACAUGUCGCCUCACAGCCCUAUGUUCCCGACAUCAACCGGAGAUCCAACUCUCACGAACUCAAAAGCUGAGAGUAAGCUCUGAUGGCAAAAGGAGUGCAUAGAUUGAGUUUGGGAAGUUUGUUUCAUAGUCUUACUGCUAAUGCUCGAGCGUUCACCAAAACUACCUCCUAAGCUUAUGUAUUACAUCAACAUUUUAAUAUGUCAUUCGAGUUAACUUAAUGGCUAUCAACGAUGUCUCAUCUUACUGUACAAGUAGUCUCUGCAACUCAGUCAGUUCGACAAUCAAUACUGGGCAGUGUUUUCGAAAGCAAUUCAAGGGGUUCGUAGGCACAUGCUGUACGUACCGCACUGCAUUUCCUCUAUAUGAUGCAAAUGUGUUACUAUCUUCCGUGUCAUCAGAUUAUACCCAAACUAAGUUGAAGGAGGAUGAAAAAAAUGUGGUCAAACAAUAUGUUACCAUAGAUUGCUGUAUCUAUUAAUAAAUUAGCUCAUCCAUUAUCAAAA